AUGCGCCAGCCCUCACCGCAGCCCACCGCAUCUCCAUAUCAGCCUUACGCAGCUCAGUACAGCCAUUACCGCAGCUCUCAGUACAGCCCUUACCCGCAGCUCUCAGUACAGCCAUUACCGCAACCCAGGUACAGCCCUUACCGCAGCUCUCAGUACAGCCCUCACCGUAGCUCUCAGUUCAGCCCCUUACCGCAGCUCUCCAGUAGCCCUUACCGCAGCUCUCCAGUACAGCCCGCCCGCAGCUCUCCAGUUCAGCCUUACCACAGCUCUCAGUGCGGCCCUUACCGCAGCUCUCAGGUGCACAGCCCUUACCGCAGCUCUCAGUACCAGCCCUUACCGCAGCCCUCUUCACAAUGCAGUAUUACACAACGCAGUAUUACCAGCACAACACCAGUAUUACAACACCAGUUACUAACACCAGUAUUACCAAUACAACAGCGGUAUUGCCAACACAACACCAGUAUUACAACACCGUGUUACCAAUACAACAGCAGUAUUACCAACACAACACCAGUAUUACCAAUACAACACAACAGCAGUAUUACCAUCCCAACACCACCGUGA